CUAAACUUUAUCAUGUCUGGUGGUCUCUGUAUGUCACCAUACAGCACUGCGAUUUAAUAAGAUGAAGUCAAAAUUACUGCAAGCAGAAAUCUUCCACAAAGGAAAUAACUAAAAACAAAACAUGAAACAACAUAUCUGCUCUACCUGAAUGUAUCAUCCCUUUCCUAAAAGCAAAGUUUCUACUGAAUACUGUCUUGGCCAGAGCUGCUCUGCAGAUUAACUUGUCGGUCCAUGAAGUUACCAUCACUGUUACAUUUCUGCUGAACAUGCCCCGCAGUCCAACUUCAAGUGAAGAUGAAAUGGCACAGAGCUUUUCUGACUAUUCUGAGGAAUCUGAAUCUGACAGCUCCAAAGAAGAAACAAUUUAUGAUACUAUCCGAGCCACAGCAGAGAAGCCAAGCAGUAGAAUGGAAGAUAUUCAAAGCAAUACGUUGGUCAUAAGGAUUGUCAUACCCGAUUUGCAACAGACGAAAUGUAUGAGGUUCAACCCUGAUGCUACAGUAUGGACUGCAAAACAGCGGAUUCUUUGCACUUUAACUCAGAGCCUAAAAGAUGUUUUGAAUUAUGGGUUAUUCCAGCCUGCCAGUAAUGGAAGAGAUGGUAAAUUUUUGGAUGAAGAGAGACUGCUUAGAGAAUACCCACAGCCUAUAAAUAAGGGUGUUCCAUCAUUAGAAUUUCGUUAUAAAAGGAGGGUAUAUAAACAGACCAGCCUGGAUGAAAAACUUCUUGCAAAACUUCACACAAAGGCCAAUGUACGCAAAUUCAUGGAUUAUGUUCAGCACCGUUCAGUAGACAAAAUUGCCAAAAUGCUUGAUCGAGGACUGGAUCCCAACUACCAUGAUGCAGAAACUGGAGAAACCCCACUGACAUUGGCUGCUCAGCUCGGUAACACUGUGGAAGUAAUAAAAGCUUUAAAAAAUGGAGGGUCUCAUUUGGAUUUCAGAUCAAAAGAUGGGAUGACAGCACUGCAUAAAGCAGCAAGGGCAAAAAAUCAAGUUGCACUUACGACACUUUUAGAACUUGGCGCAUCCCCUGAUUAUAAAGACAGCCGUGGAUUGACAGCACUCUAUCACACAACAAUGGUGGGAGGAGACCCUUACUGUUGUGAGCUCUUACUUCAUGAACAUGCCACUAUCAGCUGCAAGGAUGAAAAUGCAUGGCAAGAAAUCCAUCAGGACAGCUGUGCGAGGGUGCUUCUUUUUCGUGGCGCAAACAAAGAAAUAAAGAAUUUCAACAGUCAGACCCCUUUUCAGGUGGCUAUAAUUGCUGGAAAUUUUGAACUGGCUGAAUUCAUCAAGAAUCACAGAGAAACUGAUAUUGUACCAUUUCGAGAAGCACCUACUUAUUCAAAUCGAAGAAGACCCCAAAGUACCCUGACAACACCACGUGUCUUGCACCGUUCUAACAGCGACAACAACCUCAAUAUCAGCAACCUCCCUGAUUGGUCAGCUUCCUCUUCUGCUGCUUCUUCACACCGUAGCCUUUCACCACACCUCUUGCAACAGAUGCAGAAUAAUCCAAAUGGUACUGUAAAAACUGGCGGGACUAAUACCCGGGGAUCCCGCAGCAGAUCGCCUUCAUUAAACCGACUAGGAGAAGAGGUGAAGAGACCACAGCACAAGCAUAUCAGCCCCAAUGCUAAAAAAGAGCCACCAUCUGCUUUGGAUUUUCAGGGCCAAAAACGGAAGCUUUAUAGUGCUGUUCCUGGGAGGCACUUUAUUGUUGUGAAGCCAUAUCAACCUCAGGGGGAAGGCGAGAUUCCCCUUUGUAAAGGGGAUAGAGUAAAAGUUUUAAGCAUUGGAGAAGGUGGAUUUUGGGAGGGAAGUUCCCGAGGCCAUGUUGGAUGGUUUCCUGCAGACUGCAUUGAAGAGGUUCAUUCGAAAACAAAUGAAUGCAAACCAGAAACUCGCACUGACCGAACAAAGAAACUGUUUAGACAUUACACUGUGGGAUCUUAUGAUAGCUUCGAUGCUACCAGUGACUGCAUUAUUGAAGAAAAGAUGGUAGUCCUGCAGAAAAAAGACAACGAGGGAUUUGGAUUUGUACUCCGAGGGGCCAAAGCGGAUACCCCCAUUGAGGAAUUUACCCCGACUCCUGCUUUUCCUGCCUUACAAUAUCUGGAAUCGGUAGAUGAGGGAGGCGUAGCAUGGCAAGCCGGGCUGCGGACUGGAGAUUUCCUGAUUGAGAGGAAAGUCAUUACUGUGCCUUAUCAGGAUUAUAGCAUGCUAGGAAUUAAUGUUCUACAGAUCUUAGAUGUUAUUGUCCGUUACUCCUGGCUUGCAGUUUUCCAAAGUGGAGAUGUUCCAUCAGUGGCUCUACCAGUGAGUGACAUUGAUUGA